UGGGCUCCAGCGUGGCCCGCCCUUCGGGUUCCCCAGCGGGUCCCCUGCGGCGUGUGUCGCGCUGUGAUCUGCACCGGUCCUGGGAGUUGUAGGAAGGACUCAGGAAGACCCAGGAAGCCCAGCAAUGGACUCAGUGGCCUUUGAGGAUGUGGCUGUGAACUUCAGUCUGGAGGAGUGGGCUUUAUUGGAUUCUCCACAAAAGAAACUCUACAGAGACGUGAUGCGGGAAACCUUUAGGAACCUGGCCUCCAUAGGAAAGAAAUGGGAAGAUUAUGACACUGAAGAUCAGUACAAAAACCAAAGGAGAAAUCAGAGUUUUUCCAGAAAUCCAAUAUUAGAGAGACUCUGUGAAGGGAAAAAGAGUAGUCAAUGUGGGGAAAACUUCAGCCUUAUUUCAAAUCUCAAUUCGAAGAAGAAAACUCUUCCUGGAGUAAAACCUUGGGAAUACAGUAUAUGUGGAAAAGUCUUCAUGCAUCAUCCAUCCCAUAAUAUGCACAUCAGAUGUCACACUGAAAACAAGCCAUAUGAGUAUCAAAAUUACGGAGACAAGCUGUAUAAUUACGAUCUAUGUGGGAGAGCCUUCAGUUAUCCCCAGUGUUUUGACAAACAUGAAAGAAAUCACAAUGGAGAAAAAGCCUAUCAAUGUAAGGAAUGUGGGAAAACCUUUAGUUCUUCAACUUCACUUCAAAUACAUGAAAGAUCCCACACUGGAGAAAAACCUUAUAAAUGUAAACAGUGUGGUAAAGCAUUCAGUUGUCUCAGUUCUCUUCGACGUCAUGAAAAAGUUCACACUGGAGAGAAACCCUAUGAAUGUAAGGAGUGUGGAAAAACCUUCAGAUAUUAUCAAAAUUAUAGAAGACAUGAAAGUAAAUUUACUGGAGAGAAGCCCUAUGAAUGUAAGGAAUGUCGAAAAGCCUUCAUAUGUUAUCAAAGUUUUCGAAGACAUGAAAGAAAUCACAGAGAAGUGAAACCAUAUGUGUGUAAGCAAUGUGGUAAAACAUUUAGUUGCCUCCGUUAUCUUCGAAAACAUGAAAGAAAUCACACUGGAAAGAAACCCUAUGAAUGUAAAAUAUGUAGUAAAGCAUUUAGGUAUCCCAGUGAUCUUCAGAAACAUGAAAGAAACCACACUGGAGAGAAACCCUUUGAAUGUAUGGAAUGUGGUAAAGCCUACAGGGAUCCCAGUUCCUUACAAACACAUCAGAGAACUCAUAUUGGAGAGAAACCCUAUGAAUGUAAGGAAUGUGGCAAAGCUUUCAGUUCUCAUCAGUGUGUCCAAAUACAUGAAAGAAACCACACUGGAGAGAAACCCUACGAAUGUAAAAUAUGCAGCAAGACAUUUGGUUAUCCCAGUUCUCUUCGAUAUCACAAAAGAACACAUACUGGAGAGAAAUCCUAUGGAUGUAAGGAAUGUGGGAAAGCCUAUAGAUACCUCAGUUCAUUACGAAUACAUGAAAGAAUUCACACUGGAGAGAAACCUUAUGAAUGUAAGGAGUGUGGGAAAUCCUAUAGAUGUUAUCAAAGCUUCCAAACACAUGAAAGUAAUCACACUGGAGAGAAACCAUAUGUAUGUAAAAAAUGUAGUAAAGCAUUUAGCUGUCUCCACUAUCUUAGAAAACAUGAAAUAAAUCACACUGGAAAGAAACCCUAUAAAUGUAAAAAAUGUAGUAAAGCAUUUAGGUAUCCCAGUGAUCUUCAGAAACAUGAAAGAAACCACACUGGAGAGAAACCCUUUGAAUGUAAGGAAUGUGGUAAAGCCUACAGAGAUCCCAGUUCCUUACAAACACAUGAAAAAACUCAUACUGGAGACAAACCAUAUGGGUGUAAGGAAUGUGGGAAGGCCUUCAAAUGUUAUCAAAGUUUUCAGACACAUGAAAGGAGUCAUACUGGAGAGAAACCCUAUGUAUGUAAAAAAUGUAGUAAAGCAUUUACUUGUCUUCGUUAUCUUCGAAAACAUGAAAGAACUCACACUGGAGAGAGCUAUAUAUGUAAGCAAGUUGGAAAAGUCUUCAUUUAUCACACAACCUUUCAAAACGUGAACAUGCAUACUGAAGAAAACAUUAAUGUGCAAAAUUUGGGAAAGGUUUCAGUUACCUCAGUUUCUUUCAAAAGCAUGAAAGGACUCACUGGAUAAAAACUCUUGAAUGUAAACAGUUUGGGAAAGAUUUGAAUUGGUCCACAUUCUUACAAGUGAAAAUUCCCUCCAAAAAAAUAAAAAAUAAAGAAAUUAAAAUGUAAGUAAUGUGAGAAAGUUUGAUAGAAACUAAUCCAUGUAUAAUGUGCCAGAGACUUUUCAACAUGAAAGUUCUCAUUAAUGUUGUAAAUAUAUUGUGCUUUUUGAACCCCUUUCUAUACUUCAUCAUUGGGCUGUGGAUUUCUCCUAAUUACUUUCAGAAAUGAAUACUCACAUGAGAUAAUAAUGAGCCUUUCAACAAUAGUACAUAAAAUUGAUAGGUAGUACUUUUUUCUUAAAAUAUUUAAUAUUUUCUCUCUUUCUUGAAGCUUGUUAGAUACAUGGGUGAAUUGAAGUCUAUUUUUCAUAUGCAGUUAGGUUAAAUAUCUUUUUAUAAUGUUUUAUUUGUUCUGUUGUACAGGGUCAUUGAAAAAUGACAGUUUGGUAUUUGGGUUUUCUUAGUGGCCUGAGGCAGUCCAUUAUAUAUAUUCUACCUUUCCCUCUGAAAAAGCUCCUUUUUGGGGAUGAUAAGUAUAGGAGCCUUUUUCUAUUUUCCAUGCUAAUAAAUAGUUGGAAUAAAUUUUAUGUGUAGCAAUUUUAGGAAAGGAUAUAGUUACAUGUGAAUUAUUUUCAUAUUUAGACCUUUGCUUUUUGUUCUUCCUUUGGACUGAUGUUUGGUGAAUAGACUUUGAAUUAAGAAGAGGGACCUGUGAUAGGACGACAAAAUCAAGAGCUGAAGAUUUUCCCUCCCGUUGGAUAAUGUUAGGGCCUUGACCCAGAGUUCAUCUCCUUUAUGGGCCAUGUUAGAACUCUCUUGUAGCCUCACUUGCAUGAGAUUUGGAAGCAGAAACGAAGAAGGCAUUAGUCAGGUUUUAGAGCCAACAUUCACACAGACGAACAGACAUAGGCACUCCAAAGGCAAAAUCUGCCAGCCCGUCAUCUGGAUUGUUUGACCUUCCAGUCAAGACUAUCCUCGAAACCACCACCAACUGUCUGAUACACAUUUUCUGAGAAGCGUAGGUUUCCACUGAUGUCUUCACAAGAUCCACAUCAAAGAUCCAUCAGAGUGGAUUUUUCUGUGAGCCCUCUUGUGUCCACCAGGAAACGGAUCAGACUUUCAUGCUUAUGUCUGAUUCCCCUCUUCUCUAGAUUAUAUCUGUAUACAGUCUAAUUUGUACAGGAAACACCUUCUGUCGUUAACUGCCAUUCAGUAUGUUUUUCUUAUUCACCAUGGCAUCCACAAUGGUGCUGUCAAAAGAAUGACACCUGUCAGAAAGACUGGGUGUUGCCUGUUACUUGUAGCUACAUGUAAUCCUUCAAUAUGUUUUUAAUCAUGUUUGUGUGUGAUUAAAGGUACAUGUAUUUUCUGGUCAAAUGAACACUUCUGUAGUUGUUUCAUAAAAGCAUUUUUUAAACUGUUUUCUAAGCUCUUGUAUGCUAACAAAUACUGUGUUUUUUAUUUCCUGAGAAGAUAUCUUAAAAUGUCUCAUAAUAAUUAUGGAUUUUCAAAUAAACUUUGUGAUUCUCUUCA